AUGGCCGCGGUCCCCGGUUACGGGUCGAGCGCGUCAAACGUUGGUCACUCGGGUCGAGAUAGGGUCGGGGCGGGAAUUGAGGAAGAAGAGUCCAAGACCCUACUCAGAGACACCUGUCAAGGGGGUUCCGGCGUUCUAGUGACGCGGUGUCAGUUGUUGGUUUCAGGUAGGAUCUGUUUCGGAGUGAAGAGGGAUGAAAGAGAAGAGAUGGAGGAAGAAAGCGAGCCAUAA